GGCAAAGUUGCCCUAGUCAGUCUCUCUUGCGCUGCCUGCUUGGGCCGGCGUCUCCGAGGCCGAUGGAUGGGUGCUGGGCAUGGGUCCAGGCAGCCUCCCCCCAGCGGCGGCGGCUCUAGGGUGGCUCUGGGGGCCGCGGGGCCUGCCUGCCUUCGCCAUGCUGCUGUUCUCCUUCUGCUGCUGUUUCCCCCCGUUUGCAGUGGACUGCCAGCCGUGCCAAAUCCAGCGCUGCAACACCGACUACGUGACCGCCACCUCUCCCCUGCCCGAAGAGACGCUACCUCACCGGGAUUUCUGCAUUGUUUUGCGGGCAUACGCCCUCUGCACCAGGAAGAUGGCCCGCUCCUGCCGGGGGGAUCUCGUCUUCCACUCCGCCGUCUUCCGGAUCAAAGAACUCUUUGGGCAGCACAACUGCUCCAGUGACGGGCCGACGUCCUUUGCCCGAGGCCCCGGGGCUGUGGACCCUCUCGUUUCCGAGAUCUGCAACUACCAGGCCAGGACUGGUUUCCGCACCAAGUUUGCCCACUGUGGGCUUUUCGGGGACCCCCACCUGCGGACUUUUAAGGACGAAUUCCAGACGUGCAAAGUGGAAGGGGCCUGGCCUCUCAUCGACAAUCGGUACUUGUCAGUUCAGGUGACCAAUGUCCCCGUGGUCCUUGGGUACGGUGCCACAGCUACCAGCAAGAUCACGUUGAUUUUCAAGAGCUUCCCGGGCUGCACCGAGCAGAAAGUGUACCAGGCCACCACGGAGGACUUGCCCUUGGCUUUCAGCGACGGCACGAGGAACGGCGGGUUGAAGGAAGCCACCGGCAGCCUCCGGAUCCUGGAGAAGCCCGACGCCAGGCAGGUGGAGAUCCAAGCCCAGUACAUCGGCAGCACCGUCCUCAUUCGCCGGGUGGGCCGCUACCUCACCUUCGCCAUCCGCGUGCCGGAAGACACGCUGGGCGCCUCGGAGGGGAGCGCCGACCUCCAGCUCUGCCUCCACGGCUGCCCCCGGAGCGAGCUGAUCCAGGAGCACCGCCUGCGCCCCUUUGGGCCCCACCCACGGCAGACCUUCACGGUGGAGUCCGCCGCUGAGCAGUGCAGCCAUCUCUUGAAAGUGGAGGACGUCUACUUCCGGUCCUGCGUCUUUGACUUGCUGACCACGGGCGAUGCCGAGUUCUCCAGGGCGGCUUACGGGGCCUUGGAGGAUAUGAAAACCCUCUACCCAAACAGGCUCAAGUUACACACUGCCUCUGCAGCUGUCGGCUCGGUCGGCGGCAGCCCGCAGCCAGGGCCAGCUCUGGUGGUAGCGUCGCUCUGGUGGAUUCUCGUUUCCCCCCUUCUCCGUGUUUCAAACGGAUAGCCGUGGAUUCUGUGUGGUUACAGGAAGUGGUGCUCCAGUGGUGGGAUGUUGGGCUGGGUGUUGGUGUGUCCCCACGCAGUCUUCCCUCUAACAGGGGUUCCCAGACGUUGUGGACUACACCUCCCAUAAUCCCCAAUCAAAGGCUAAUGCAGCUGGGGAUGCUGGGAGUUGUAGUCAACAACAUCCGGGAAUCCCUGUUAGAGGGAAAGUUGGCCCCACCCCUUUGUGGGAGGCCACACCCCUUGGACCAGAAGCUCCUUCCCCAAGCUCUGGAAGGCCACCUCCUCAACUUGAGGAUAUCUGAACAAAGAGAUGCUCAAAGGAACAGCUGGUCAGUCCUCAGGGAGGACUGAGAAAGAUUUCUGCCUGGAACCCUGGAGAGCUGCUGCCAGCCAGUGUAGGCAGUGCUGCGCUGCACGGACUAAAGGUCUGACUCAGUAGGCCAGAGCUUCCUAUGUCCAACUAAUUGUUCCCCCCCUCAGACACACACGCACACACCCUUUUGGUUUGGUGGGGCCGUCUUCUGCACUGAGGCUGCGGAUGGGUCACAAAUGGAAUUUUGCAAGCAAAUGACCCAAAGUUUGCUCCAAGAAAACUUGAGUCCGUAAACCUGCAUAAAUUAUAAGAUGUUCUCUAUAUGUCUUGGGGAGGGUCCAAGAGCUGCACAGGGCACUAGAAAUCUCAGGAGGUGUGGGGCAGAAUGCAAUUUUUCGCAGAGUCGAAGCUUCAGUGGAGAGCUGCUGCCAGCCAGUGUAGGCAGUACUGAGCGAGAUGGAGCAAGAGUCUGGCUCAGUUAGGAGGCAUCUUCCCAUGUUCCUAGUCUGAGUGGCCGCAGUUCUCCCAAGUCUCAGCCAGGCAGGAUCCUUUCCAUCUAUCUGUUAGUUGGAGAUGCAAGCUGUUAAACUUGGGAUUCACUGCCACAGUACAUGCUGAUGAUCAGUUGUUUAGAUGGCUUUAGAAAAAGAAUGAGACAGAUUCAUGGAAGAGGCGAGGUCUGUCAUGAUGGCUAGGUAGAACCUCCAUGAUCCGAAGCAGUAUACCCCCAAAGAUCCGCUUCAAAGGUAGGGCGAGGGAUUUUGCCUUCAUGUACUGCUUAUUGGAAGCAGGAACGCUGCAGGGUCCCUUGGAUGCUUUUAUGACCUAUAGCAGGGCGGAGCAAAACCUGACCCUCCAGCUGUUGUUGAACUACAAUUCCCAUCAUCCCCCAACUCCCAUCAUGCCAUCACUCUAAAUUUUAGGUUGGCUGGGGAUGAUGGGAGUUGUAGUUCAACAGCAGCUGGUGGGCCAAGUUUCUCCAGCCUUGUCCUAUAGCCACUGAACCAUGGCCCCAUGUAGGAUUUGGCUAGUGUCUGUGUCUGUGUGUUAGCCCUUUUCUACUGCUCGGAUCUUACAGAGCCGAAUUGCAUUUGGGGAGGAACAGGGUGUCGCAGAGUUCCCCACUCACUUCCUUCUUUCAGAAACCAUCGCCCAGUUUCAAGGUCUUGUGAUUUCUGGACCGAGGCCUUGCUGUGUGCAUUUGUGGAAGGGGCCAUAAUCCGUGUGGGUAGGGGAGAGCCAAUGCCAGUGUGUGCUAUGAUGAACCCCUUGAUCAUUGUCUCCAUCACAACAACAAAGGUGUGUAUUUCUUUUCUACUGCCUGUAAGUGUGUCUGUGCAUUCCGUACCAUUCACGUUUAAAGAUAUGUUCCCUCCUGUA